CCAGACGUGUGAGUAAUUGGCUGAGCAGCUCUGCAGAGCAGUCUCCUUGCACCGUCCAAGCUGAAAUGCAGAAGUAAAAAAAUUCGUUCUCAGAGAUGAAGACUCAUAAAAUCAUAAGCCUGAAAGGAAUGAAAAAUCAUGAAGAAAAACCUUUUCUCAAAGAAAAAUUCUUUGUGAACAUAGCUGGCAUGCUCAUUAAGAGUCGUUCUGUGAUCUUGCAAUGUGCUUCUGGGAUCUUCUCUCUUCAUUGUUGCUUAUAAGACAGCUUUAAAUAAAUGAUAAGGAAGCCAUUCAGGGCAUGGGCUGCGCUGAGGUUCACAGCUUUCAUUCUGAAUGAGAGAUUAAAGUAAACUGAUAUUGAAGGCAAGGAGGGAGAAACAAACACAGUCAGUAAGCCUAUAAAAGUCUUAGCCAAUUGCAAUGGUGAACAUCCUGCUGGCAAGGGUGACCUUGAAUGAACUAAGUGGGAUAAAGUCACCAGGCUGGACUGACAGCUGAAGAAUCAGGCUGGAUUCCAGCAAACAGAGAGCAGAUUCCUGACAGGAGUCUCCUGAGCUGUGGCAAUGGCUUCUCGGUGUCGGAAAUGUGGACAACAGGUACCCAGGAAUCUGCCUUUCACUGCUGUCCGGAUAACAGAAGGAGAAAUGAAAUCGUACCAUGAUUUUAUAGGAGGGUGCGUUAGACUGGAGCGCAUGGCAAAGAAAGAUGAAAUCAUGCAGCAGGAGAUACGGCCGCUGGUAGCAGUGGAUAUAAUAGAGCAGCUCCACAGGCAAUUUGCAAUCUUGUCAGGAGGAAGAGGGAAGGAUGGGGCACCCAUUAUAACCUUUCCAGAAUUUGCAGGAUUCAGUGAGAUACCUGAUGAUGAUUUUCUGAACGUGGUCACUUAUCUAACCAGCAUUCCCAGUCUGGAGGCUGCCAGCAUCGGAUUCAUCAUCAUCAUAGACAGACGACGGGACAAAUGGAGUGCAGUCAAGGCAUCCCUGACACGAAUAGCAGGAGCAUUUCCAGGGAACCUGCAGCUGGUGUUUGUCCUGAGACCCUCCCGCUUUAUCCAAAGGGCAAUCGCUGACAUUGGCAUUAAACUUUAUCGAGAUGACUUUAAAAUGAAGGUACCGAUCAUCAUGUUAAAUUCUGUCUCUGAUCUGCAUGGCUACAUUGACAAGAGCCAGCUGACGCGGGAGCUGGGAGGGACCCUGGAGUACGGGCACAGCCAGUGGAUCCAUCACCGCACGGCUAUUGAAAACUUUGCAAUGACAGUAAAAACAACAGCACAGAUGCUACAGAGCUUUGGAACAGACUUAGCAGAGACUGAACUUCCCAACGACGUGCAGUGCACAGAGGAGCUUCUCUCCUCACACACCGAGCACCACAGCAAGCUGAAGGAUGAGCUGAAGCUGGCAGUGAAGCAGGGGGCCACCUUACUGACGUGCAUCCGGGAGCCAGUCACCCGAAGUGCCAACAGCAAGCUCAGUCCAGAUGAACUGGAAAAUGUGGCCACCGUGGAAAGGUUGUUGGCUCAGUUGGAUGAAACAGAAAAGGCUUUUGAUCAAUUUUGGACCAAGCAUCAUCUGAAACUAGAACAGUGCCUGCAGCUUCGACACUUUGAACAUGAUUUCAGAGAGGUAAAAUUAACAUUGGAUAAUCUUAUGGAAACACAAGCAGGUUUUACUGAUAUUGGAGACAGUGUGACUCGAGUUGAGAACCUCCUCAAGGAACAGAAACAUCUGGAAGAGAAAGGACAGGAACCUUUGGAGAAGGCCCAGUCUCUGGCUCUCCAUGGAGAACAGCUCAUCCAAAACAACCAUUAUGCAGUUGACUCCAUUAGACCAAAGUGUGUUGAACUCAGGCGAAUUUGUGAUGAUUUUACCAAUGAGACCAAGAAAAAGUAUGAUAUUUUGGGAAAGUCUCUUGAGCUGCAUAAACAGUUAGAUAAGGCAAGCCAAUGGUGUGAAGCUGGAAUCUACCUCUUAGCUUCCCAAGCUGUGGACAAGUGCCAGUCACAAGAGGGAGCUGAAACUGCACUCGUUGAAAUUGAGAAGUUCUUGGUAACAGCUAAGGAACACCAGCUCUCCAACCCAAAGGAGUUCUACAAUCAGUUUGACAUGAUCCUCACCCCUGAAAUAAAGGCCAAUGCCCAAAGAAUUGUACAAAAACUCGAAGAUGUGCAAGAAAUGUUUGACAAGAGGCAAGUCAGUCUGAAGAAGCUGGCAGCCAAACAGACCCGGCCAGUACAACCUGUUGCUCCACAUCCUGAAUCUUCCCCAAAGCGAGCAUCACCAAAGAUUACCAGACCAGCAGCAGUAGCUACCAACAGGAGGUCUACAGAAAUUUCCUGCCCUCCAAAGACUGUUUCUGAAGUAGACUUAUCAAAAAAGAAAAGCAUUAAGAAGACAAAAGGUGGAAUUAAGAUUGAAGUGAUGCAUGAAGCCAGUCAAGGAGGAUCCAGCAGAGUCCUGGUGACCAGUGAAAGUGAUGAGAACUUGUCGACAAGGAGGAGCCACAUAAUCAAUGAACUGAUAGAAACAGAACGGGUUUAUGUAGAAGAACUUCAAAGUAUAAUAGAGGGGUAUGCUUCAGAAAUGGACAAUCCGAAUUUAGUACAUCUGAUUCCAUCUGCACUUCAGAACAAGAAGGAAGUUCUUUUUGGGAACCUCCCAGAAAUCUACUAUUUCCACAACAGGAUUUUCCUUAAGGAGAUAGAAAAUUGCAUUGAAAACCCUGAGCUUCUUGCCCGAUGCUUUUUGAAAAGAAAGGAGGACCUCCAAAUAUAUGAAAAGUACUGUCAGAACAAACCAAGGUCUGAAGCUCUCUGGAGACAGUGUGGAGACAGCAUCUUUUUUCAGGAAUGUCAGCGUAAAUUGGAUCAUAAGCUCUCACUUGAUGCUUAUCUCUUAAAGCCAGUUCAGAGAAUCACCAAGUACCAGCUGCUGCUAAAGGAAAUGCUGAAGUGCAGCAAGAACUCAGAAGGCACUGCUGAAUUGGAAGAAGCCUUGGCCACAGUGCUUGAUAUCAUCAAAUCAGUAAAUGAUUCCAUGCACCAGAUAGCAAUCACAGGAUAUGAGGGAGAUGUCAGUGAGCUUGGCAAGCUGUUGAUGCAGGGCUCCUUCAACGUAUGGACUGACCACAAGAAGGGGCAUAACAAGGUGAAGGACUUGGCUAGGUUCAAACCAAUGCAGAGACACCUCUUCCUCUAUACAAAAAUGCUGCUUUUCUGCAAGAAACGGGAGGAGAACACCGAUGGCCAUGAAAAGACAGCUUCAUACAGCUUUAAAAAUUCAUUAAAGAUGAGCACUGUGGGCAUUACAGAAAAUGUAAAAGGGGAUAAUAAGAAGUUUGAGAUCUGGUAUAAUGGCAGAGAAGAAGUCUAUAUCAUUCAGGCAUCUUCUGUUGAGCUGAAGAACACUUGGAUUUCAGAGAUCCGCAAAGUCCUGACAGGACAGCUGGAGGCAUGCAGAGAAGCAAGUCAACUGCACCAAAGAAUCACUGAGAGUGUGUAUCAUGCACCAAUGGAUUCCUCCAAUGCAAGCAGGUAUAGCAGGAAGUCAUCAAGUAUAUAUGAAAACAAAUCUGAGACAUCAAAUGUGGAUGCAUCUAACAAUAAAAACAGGAAUUCCAGUCCCAGCGCCAGACAAAAGAGAGUUGAUGCUUCCAGCAGCCUUAACCUUGAGCGCACAGCGCUUGCUAGAAAGCGAUUCACAUUGCAAGGUCUUUCCAACCGCAGAGCUCCACCCAAAGAUCCAGAGUCUAAGGACAGAGAAGUUACCCGUCGCUUUUCCCUAGCCUCCUCCAUCAGCACUACAGCCAAUGCUUCUGCUGCCACCAAAGGUCCCCUUGUUCCUGCAGUUAAAGUCAAGAGACAUGAAAUAAAGAGUGACCCAACUCCCCUGGGGUUUGAAGAUGCUUUUGAGAACACCAUUUUGGCCCAGACUAAAUGUAAUGCCGGUCCCACCACGAGAUCCGUACCUAGAUCUGCUUCACAGACAGGUUGGCCCGGCAGACAAAUGCCUUCUCUAGACACAUUUGAAGAUUUUGAAGCCAUCCCUUCCAGCAUGGAUGAACUCUCUAACUCUUCUGAUUUGGAGGAAGAGACCAACCCUAACAAUGGGAGCAAUCUCUUCCGGGUCGAAGGCAGUUUUGACAGCUGUUUCCCAGAUUCUCUCUCUCUCGAGGAUGGAGAUUUAGUGCAGUUUGUGCAGGAAGGAGAGAAUGGUCAAUGGUUAGUGAAGAAACUGGUCUCUGAGAAAAGCGACUGGGUUCCCUCCAGCAUAUUGCAGCCAGCAGAGGGGGACAGUAACAACAUAAUUAAGAGCAGCAAUGCAGACACAUACAACGAUUCCUGCAGCACAGCCUCAGUAGAGUCAGACACGAAGGAAAGUGAGGUGGCCAAAAGCUUCCCAGCAGAACAGAGGGCUGGCAGCUGAACAGCAGGACCAGCCUUCCUCAGGACCCAUCCACCUGUCUUUAUCUUGGGUGGACACUGGAUCAAAGUUGCCUUCCUCACAAGCUCUGAGGUUCAUAAUUCACUAAAAUUUUAUCAACAUGAACAGAUGAGAACUGUGCUGUCUACCUGGCAAGCUGGGAAAAACAAACUUGAAAGGAGCAUUAAACAUCCAGAAAACAUCAAAAGUACCUCCAGUAUUAGAGGAGAAAAAUGCUUCUUGCAUUGAUUAUCAAACUGUUUCAGAAGAUGUGGCCUAAAUUAGGUCAACAGCAGAGCUGAAGAGUCUCUAUGCACGCACCUUUUGGCAACUUUGCUUGAGCACCACAUCACUGCAGAGGGGCACAUGGUGGUUAUGAGUCCUUGCUCCACCCUGGGGUCACCUGGAGGUUUUUCCAUUUGCUUGCCUCUGGCUGUGCCUUCCCUGUCCUCCUUAAUUCCAGCUGAUACAUCAUCACAAAUGUGCCCUUCUCGCUGUCAGUCAACACCAAAAACACCCCACUUGAGGGUGGCUGUGGAAAGGAGACUCCUGGCUGGGACCAUCAGCAGCAGUGCCAUGGCCCAGGAAGGCCCUGCUGCACACAGCAUUCCACACCUGGCAUGGUGCAGGUGGCAGCUCCUGCCUGGGAGGCGCAGGGCUAAGCAGGGAAGUAGACAUGUAACACUACUGUGACAAAGAACACUGAACUCUUUUUACAGUCUGAGUCAUUCCUCUGCCCCCUCUACAGUCUCUGGUUGCUGGAUCACAACCCUUUGCACUUGGUGCCGAGAAUUCAGUUGAAUGCCAUUUACUGUCACAUGUUUGAGUAGACUGCAUGCUUUCCUUGUGUGCUGGGCUAUGAGUAGAUACAUUUCACCCCCCCAUUUGGAAUAUACUUCAGCAUUGCAAAUAGGCAGUGAGCAUUAGAUGCUCCAAUGAGUGGAUAAAGUGUUGUUGUUAAAUAAUUCUUUCCAAGACGUUUGAUGAAAGGACUGUACCAAAUCUCUGCCACAUAAGGAUGUAAUGUAUAAUAUAAAGUGAUUACAGAUGUUAUGAUUCCUAUAGAAGCCAUUAGCUCAUUUAGAGCAGCUGUUAAGGCAUGAAGGCAUUUUGAUGGUAAUUGGGUCUUAGGUCCCACAAAAGCUGCUAGUACUGAUAAAUACUGCUAGUAAAGAUAAAUAGCUAAACUAGCUAUUUAAACUAGCUGCUAGUAAAGAUAAAUAUUGACUAAGAGCUGCAAACAGGCAAAGAUCAGUCUGGUAAAAAUGAGCCCAGAAGAAACUCAAGAGUGAGUGAGUGGCUUUCACUCUUAGGGAUGUUUUGCUUAACCCUCAGACUAGUGGUGCUUUAUGUAAAUAACAGAGGGCACUAAAAGCACUAGAAAUGGAGAUGAAGCAAACCAAAACCCACUCUUUACUAAGUGAGCCUCUGAGCAAAGCAGUAGGUGUGUGUGCCAUUUCUGCUCUCACCUUCCCAGGGACUCGAAUGUUUUCCUUUGUGUCUCAGUGGAGGCUGGUGUUGCAAGUACCUUAGUGUGGGAGUCAGGAUAGCUGUGGAGCAGGCAGAUAGUCCUGUUUGAGAAAAAGCCUUGUAGCAGGAAAAAGGUUAGUCAGAUUUUUUUUUUUUUUUUGCCUGUGAAGACUUACUGCUUGAUUCUAAGUUGCAAUGUGGUGAUUGAUUCCCAUGGCUCUUCUAACCCUCCGUAUCUAAACUCUGUGAUUUUUGACAUUUUCUGUUCAGGACUAAAGGACCUUUCUGGAAGCUAUUUUUGUUCUAAAGAGGUAGGAGCUUGCCUGUUUGUGUUGGUCAUUUACCUCAAAAUUGACAUGUAGGCUCUCAGGAACACGAAUCCUCUUGGUCUACUGUGGUUAUCAGCAUCCUGCAGGAAGAAUUGAUUCCUUUCAGUCCCCUAAGGAAAUGUGCAGCAACAUUUUCUUAUAGUGCAAUCCUCUCUCUAAAAUGAAUUAAUUCUGGUUUUUCUAUUACUUUCAGUAAUUUUUGCACAGGAACAGUGCUGCUGUCUACCCCUGCCCUAAGCAUAGGAGAGGGAAGGGCUAGGGAGCUUUGCACAUUAGUGAGUAUAGUAACCUUUUGUGUGUGGGAGAGAGAGAUAGGGAAGGGUUACCCUGAGUGUAUGAAACUGCCAAAUUGAAGAUUUGUGACACUGCUGAUGGAUGGAAAGACAAAGGAGCAACCUUCUGGCUUUGCUGAGACAAAAUGGGGUUUGAUGACUUUUUGAGUUUUUUAAAUAGUAUGCAGGACAGUCUUUUAAUUAGUGUAUUUCUGUCAAGCAAAGAGAUAAUUAAGGGAAUGACUCUCCAUGUACAGUCUAGAAGAUGAUUUGGUAAAGUCCAGCAAGACUAA